UGGAGGGAAGGGAUCGGUUCAGUCUGAGCUCGGCUGCUGGCGGGCGCGUUUGCACUCCAGCUAACACAGACGGCGCCGGUAGCAGGAGGAGGUAGUGCAGUUCCGUGUCCAUCAGCCGGGGCACCUGGCCCCGCUGCUCGCUCUGGUCUGCCGGUUCAGUCGGAGGAGCAGUGGAGUGGGGGGACAGCGUUGUGCCCCCCGGGCCAGCACAGACACUGACACCAACCUCUUUUCUUUUUUUUCUGUUUUUUUUUUUUUUUUUUUUUUUCCACCCCCCUAUUAUUUUAUUUUACCAGCUCAGAUUUAGCCCAGGAUCUUUUAACUGCUGCCAGCGGUGGAGCACAGAUCGGGAUUAGAACUUUUCCUCCCCUGCUCCCAAGAUCCUCCUCCUGAGUGGCUACUAUGGGAAGUAAGACCUUGCCGGCCCCAGUGCCUAUCCAUCCUUCCCUCCAGCUCACCAACUACUCUUUCCUGCAAGCAUUCAACGGGCUGCCCACUGUGCCCUCUGACCACCUCUCCAACCUCUAUGGCUUCAGUGCCCUGCACGCCGUACACUUACACCAAUGGACUUUGGGGUACCCGGCCAUGCAUCUACCCCGCUCCUCCUUCUCCAAGGUGCCCAGCGUGUCAAGCCUGGUGGAUGCACGGUUCCAGCUGCCAACCUUCCCGCUCUUUCCACAUGUCAUCCAGCCCAAACAAGAGGCCACCAAUGUGACCCUCAAAGCUAAACCCCGCUUUGACUUUGCCAACUUAGCAGUGGCUGCCACACAAGAGGACCACUCUAAACUGGGACAGUCAGACACUCAGGGCUCGCCCCCAGGGUUGGGGUCCUUACUUGAGGUGACUAAACUCUCUCCAGAGAAGAAACCCACACGGGGAAGGUUACCAUCUAAAACCAAGAAGGAGUUUGUGUGUAAAUUCUGUGGCAGGCACUUCACCAAGUCCUACAACCUUUUGAUCCAUGAAAGAACCCACACUGAUGAACGACCUUACACAUGUGACAUUUGCCACAAGGCCUUCAGAAGACAGGAUCACCUGAGGGAUCACAGAUAUAUCCAUUCUAAAGAAAAGCCUUUUAAGUGUCAAGAAUGCGGGAAAGGAUUUUGCCAGUCCAGAACACUAGCUGUCCACAAGACACUGCACACGCAAGUAAAGGAACUGAAACCUGCCAAACUUAAGUGCUGAAUCUCCAACUUCUAUGAACUUUUCCUCUCCCUCAGACUUUCCACCAAAACCAGAGCAGAAACAAAACUUUCAGGAUGGAAGCACUGAACUUUGCAUUUUGUUUUUGUUUGUACUUUCAAAAGAGCAAAACCCGCACCACCACCUUCCCUGCCUAAACUAACUAUCCAAGCAUGGCUAAAAAGAUUAUUUUUGCAUUUAAAAUA